GAGGAACUUUGGAACGCCCGCCACACAGAGGGUGCCGCCAAACUUGCUUCAACCGUCGCCGAGCUCCAGGGAUUCUACGUCAAAACAGCACAAAUUAUAUCCUCUCGACAGGAUCUGUUUCCGUCACAGUAUACCGAUGCCCUCGCAGGAUUUACCGACAACCUAGACCCCAUGUCGGGAGCUUUGGCCAGAGCGGUGGUCGUUAGUGAAUUGCUGAAUGCGGACGAGUCUUUUGAAGAUGUCUUUGUGGAAUUUGACGACAUACCACUUGGAGCCGCCAGUGUGGCGCAAGUACACCGCGCCGUACUUUCGGAAAAGUACGGUGGCAAGGAAGUUGCCGUCAAAAUUCAACGGCCAUCGAUCGAGUCUAAAUUGCUCGGUGAUGUAGCCAAUUUGAAAGCAAUUACCAAAACUUUUCGGGAUAGUCCAUCAUUGCCGCUGGAUUACUACACAGUCUUUUGUGAGUUAGAGAAGCAGUUGGCGGAUGAGUUUGACUUCGUUGCCGAAGCAGUCGCCAUGGAUCGGAUCUACAACGCACUGAUACGGUGGCCAGAUGGCUCACCUAGGGAUGUGCCCCUGGUCAUUCCCCGACCUGUUCCCGGCUUGAUUUCCCGACGAAUUCUUGUCAUGGACUAUCUUCGAGGAGUGCCUCUAUCCCGGGCACGUGAUGAGAUGCAGAAAAAGGGCAUCGAUCCGGACGGCCCCGAGGCAAAACUCUUUGGUCGCAAAUUGUUGUCCGCGUUGACGAAAGUCUUUGGUUACAAUAUUCUCGAAACUGGUUUCUUUCACGCCGAUCCGCAUCCUGGUAAUAUUUUUGUGCUGGAGGACGGCCAAAUCGGUUUGAUUGAUUUUGGGCAGGUAAAACAAAUUUCGGGGAGGAAUAGAGAAACGCUUUGCAAACUCAUGAUUGCUUUAGACGAACGGCAAGGUGACAAUCGACUAGAAGAUUUGACUAGAAUUGGCAGCUUGGCGACCGAAUUGGGCGUUCAACUGAACGAAGGUGCCCAAGAAGAAGCUCCUGCCGCAGUCGGUAUGUGGCUGUUUGACGGGACGGUGGAGAAAUUGCCAGGGGGCUACGACAAAGGCGAGCUUAGUCCGAAUUCACCCGUCAAAGAGUUGAAGAGCUUUCCGCAGGAUCUGGUUUUGGUCGGCAGGUCGUCGAUUCUUAUUAAAGGUCUUUCGAGUCGGCUGGGUAUUCCCUGGAGUUUGGCCAAAGAAUGGGCUCCAACAGCUCGCGCCGUCCUACAGAGCAAC